CCAGCUUGAUCCCUUUUGGUUCAGUGUGGAAGUGAUGGGGGGGUCAGGGGACUCUGAUGGAUGGUGGUGCCCCUCCUGGGUCUCAAGAGCUGGUCUCUCUGCCCUACAAUUUGACUCUUAAACCCACAAAGGGGGAAAGUUCUCCUUUCUGCUUGUGUCCAGCAGCACUCCUGCUAGCAGAGCAGCCGCAGAGAUGGUGCAACCCCAGUGAGACCUCAGGCAUCUCCUCCCAGGGAUAAAUGGGAAUAGAUUUAAUAAUGGAAAACCUAGCCCAGAAAGGGAACCUCCUCUUUUCAGUGAACAGCAUAGAGCCACCACCUCCGACCUGAGACCUGCAGUCCCCAUGCACACUGUGUACUUCUUAAUGUAAUAGACCAGGAGAUGUGAAGGUCUAUUUGCGUGUAAUUAUAGUCCCUGUGCUGCUCAUGGGAGAGUGUUCGCUGGUGCUGGCCACAGCAGGGCUUGGGGCUGGUCCUCUGUCAUCCCCAUAGCUCAUUCACUCUUGCUGGCCAGAGGAGCAGGAUGUCCUCAAUUUCCCUCUCUGCCCUUGCAUUGCACAUCAUAUUUAUUUAGCUCCUGUGAGCAAUUUGUCCCUCCUGGGGUUUCACAUUGAGCUCUCACUGCAUUAUGCUGAAAGAAAUAAAGAAAGAACAAGGUGGGAUCAGAAAGAGCACAGAAAAGAGAUGUAUAUUCAUUAAAAUGGAAAAAUGACCCAAGCUGCUUCUUAUUAAUUCCCUCCUUACAGCGUUUCCAGUUCAAGCACAUUCCUGUGCUCAUCAGUGAUGCUCCUAUGGAUCUGUGUGGUCCAGGAGCAUCGCUGUGCCACGUGUGUGCCUGUGUGUGCUAUGAGUCUCCUGGUUGUCUGAGCAACGGGGUAUUCAUCACUAACUCCAGGGAUAAUUAACUCAUUUCCCUGUAUUUAUAGAAAACUGAUGCAGGGAGUGUUGGCACUCAUCCCUCACGGGGCCACGUUUGGCCAAUGCAUCUUUGAGUUCUGGCCAUUCCUUGCGAUACAGCAGCUUUGUCAUCACACUGCUGCCUGCUCAUUAAGCCUGCAACCAGCAGCUCCUUAAGCCUGCAAGGGCAGGGGUGAAACACCACCAUCUGCCUGCCCCGGGCUGCCCAUGGGUGCCCACCUCCUGGUUUGCCAGCCCAGGGGAUGUUUGCAUCGGUGUUGCCAUCUCCAGAUGCCUGCGUUCGCCUGUGCUAAAAUCAGCGUUGCUCCUGGCUCGCAAGGGGAGAUUUUGCUGCUUUAAGGGGUUUGUUGCAGGGCUGUGAUGCAAAGACGCGCUGGAGCAUCCUGACUCGGCACCGCAGUGGAGGGAGACCCGUGGGGAAGGACAAGGAGCAUCUUCUCUCAGCGUCGGGGCAUGUGUAUGCCAGGGGAUGAGUGACGAGCGGCUUCCCACAUCUCCCCAUGUCCCCAUCACAGAGGAGGAUGCCAACGCCUCCUCCUCCAUCUGCCCCGAGCGCUGGGUCGAGCCCCGGUUCACGCAGGCGGCGAGGGUGCGGGUGAUCAUCACGGUCAUCUUCUUCCUGCUGGCGGCGGGCAGCAACGCGGCGGUGCUGGGCAGCCUGCUGAGGAAGAGGAGGAAAUCCCACGUGCGGCCGCUGCUCCUCAGCCUGGCGCUGGCCGACCUGCUGGUGACGGUGACGGUGAUGCCCCUGGACGCGGUGUGGAACGUGACGGUGCAGUGGUACGGAGGGGACCUCUCCUGCAAGCUCCUCAACUUCCUCAAGCUCUUUGCCAUGUACGCGGCCGCGCUGGUGCUGGUGGUCAUCAGCCUGGACCGGCACGCGGCCGUCCUCCAUCCCUUCUCCCGCGCCCGCCGCCGCAAUGGGCUGCUGCUGCGCGCUGCCUGGGCUGGCAGCGUGCUCCUGGCUUCACCCCAGCUUUUCCUCUUCCACCUGCAGACGGCCCCAGGAGGGAACUUCACCCAGUGUGUCACACACGGGAGCUUCCGAACGCACUGGGAGGAAACCGUGUACAACAUGUUCACCUUCACCACGCUCUACAUCACCCCCCUGAGCGUCAUGAUCGUUUGCUACACCCGGAUCAUUUGGGAGGUCAGCAAGCAGCUAAAGGUCAAUAAAGGUUUGAUAAGACAUCAAAGUGACCACAUCUCCAAGGCACGCAUGAAGACUCUCAAGAUGACCAUAGUGAUUGUUGCCACCUUCAUCAUCUGCUGGACCCCAUAUUACCUCCUGGGCUUGUGGUACUGGUUCCAGCCAGCCAUGAUCCAGAAGAUGCCGGAGUAUGUCAACCACAGCUUCUUCCUCUUUGGCUUGCUGCACACCUGCACCGACCCUGUCAUCUAUGGGCUGUACACCCCGUCCUUUCGGGAGGAUGUGCAGAUGUGUCUCAGGGGCAUUGAAACAGCCAUUACCAGGCAAGAGAGACACAAACCUGUCUCAGUCUCAGAGAAGAACACCAAGGAUGGUGCAGUAAACAGCGGGGUGGCAUCAGGAUGCUCCAACGGGACAACUGUCAACACGGCCUGCUGAAGAGACAUACCCACAAGGAGAUGGGAUGCACAGUUCUGGGGGCUACUUUGUCCCAUAGGAUCAUUCUGAAGACUCAUAUGGCAAUUUGCCACCCAGGUUUGGUGGGUGAGGGCCUGCGGCCAGAAGCUGGGAAUGUGCCUCCUACCUGUACUAAGGGUGACAAAUAUUUGGGGGUAUUUAUGGACAUCCUUCCAUAUUCUGGCAGCCCUGUGCCAACCAGGAAACCAUCUUCUUUUUGCACCCUAUGCAUGCUCUGGCCCUGAUUCUGGGAUCAAGCAUCUGCUGCACUUCAAGCAUCAACCCCUGGGAGGAGCACAGCACUAAGAGGGGUCACCCUGAGGGGCUGCAGAGGUGCAAUCUCAGGCUUUUACUCCAUUUUCUCCACCCCUAGGGAAAGCUCUCUGGAAAGCUCGGAUCUCCUGGCUCAGAGCCUGCCUGGCUCUCCCGUGGCUGUGUGCCAAGCCCUGGGAAGGAUCUAAGUCUUUGGGAAGUCAUUAGUGCUGAGCAUUGGUCCUCCUGGACAUGGUGGGAAGGGAGGAGGUGCUGUGGGGAUGGAGGGACUCAACUGAGAGGGGUAUAAAGAACCAUGGUGGGAUCAGAUGGGAUGGGAUGGAGUUUCUUCUCCCUUUUGGAGGCAGCCAGAGGGGAACACAGCCCCUACUGCCUUGCUCUGGCAUGCAGGGGGUUGUGCAAACACAUCCUUACACAGCAGCUCUCUGGGACACAGGGUUGAGCAGAUGAUAUGGGGUAACCAGAGAGCAAGAACCAGACUCAACACUGCCCAGGGCAUGAGCUGGCAGCUCAUCCACCAUGUGUGUGCUCUUCCCAUUCUUGCUGUGCCCUAAGAGCUUCUCCCAGCUCCAGCCCCUGCAGGUGAUGCCUGGGAUGUGUGAACGAGGCAGGUGAUGGCAUGGAAGGACCACCCUACCCAUGGUGGGUGCUGAUGGUCUUUGCCUGCACCACGAGGUCAAGAGAGGUUGCUGCAGGGAUCAGCGGGGCUGUGGUGAGUAAAUGGACGUUUUGUUUCUCAUUCCUGUGCCAGAAGUUGCUUGUGAAGGUUGGGGCCUCUUCUCUGGGUGUGGGUUGAAGAGAUGGGUUUGUUCAGCUGUGUUGCUGCCUUCCAUACAAUUAGGGAUAAUGGAUUAUUUCUUUGUUCAUUCUCAGCUGGUUGUUAUUAAAUGGGGGGAGGGUGGUUUUGAAGAGUAAUUUACUUUUGAGACACGUGGGAUUGUUGAUUUUCUUUGGGUUUGUGAAAGCUUUGGGCAGCUCAGGAGCCCGGCACUUAUAGGAGAUGGAUUUCUGGGUGUUUUUGUGACUAAUGCAGCUAUGAAUGAGCAUCUGGGCUUUAUCAGGAUGAAAGAGCUUUGGUUUAGAAUAACAAGUCUUGACUCUCUGUGGUUGCACAUGUGGGGAGGCUGGGAGAUGUCUCCCCAAGGAAGCAAAUCCCCUUUGGACACCCAGGGGGGCUUUCUCAACCCUGCCUCCCAGAGGGGAUGGAUCCCCAUCGGUCAGAAAGGGUCUGCACUGCUCUCCCAGUGCCCCAGCCGAUUACAAUUGGAGGGGUGGCAAGCAGUCCUUGCAGGUUGGCUGAGGCAAGGAGGAUAUGGAAAGCCACAGCGCUCAGGGUGAUGCUGAGCUCUACACUGGUGUCAAGCACUCGGUUUUCCCCAUGCAAACCAUGAUUUAUGCUAAACAUGCUGCCCGAAUUGAGAGCAAAACUCAGUUAGGGUGGCAGGAGCCGAGGCUGGCUGGUGGGGAUCAGUGUGAGCCCUUUAGGAAGCAUCCAAGCUCCGAGGAGAUGUGUCAUCGCCGUUUGGCUUUCCUGGGCUCCUUCCACUCAAGGUUAAUUACUCAACACCAACGGGGCUCUUGAUGCCAGCUUGGCUCGACCGGUGCAAGAAGGAGUUUCCUGUAAGGUGAUGGGAAUGGCCUGUGGUAGGGGAAGCUAAUCUAUCCAUCAGACACUCACUUGGUCUCUCUGUUUGUAUUAGUGGUGGUUGCUAAUGGGAGGCAGGCCUUGAAGGUGUGUUUGUUUUCUGGCAAGCCUCGAAUAAGCAGGAAAGCGUCUUUAAUCUCCUGAAAACAUUCUUCAUCUGCUUUGUGUUGAGUGGGAGGGAACAGGUCCAGCAUUGCUCACACACUUGAGGCCGCUUGUCUCCUCUUGCCCAGACGCAGGAUUGCUCAGAGACCUUCUCUGAGGAGCAAGAAGCAUUCUUUUUCCUUGUGGGAAAGCUUUACACCCCAUGGGUACAGUGAGAGGGCAGAAGCAGGUUUGGCUUUAGGAUGAAGAGCAGGAAAAUCAGGGUGCUGGCAAGGAUACAGCCCUCGGUCCUUGGGGAAGCACAGCGCAUCCCUUGGGAUGCUUGCAGGCACUUCAGUGCUGCUCCUUCUGCCCACCUCUCGAUACCUUCCCUCCUGUUGCUGGUGCUCAAGGCUGACAUUCUGGGAAGCCC